GUUUCUGGCCGACCUGUUGUGGCCGUGGCACAGCUCAGAAGCGACGCUCCGCCCACCCCGACGCGGUCUCUAUGGUAACCGGUCACCGCUUCUAUGGAGUGGCGUUUACUACCAAUUGCAAAUAAGAAAAUUCCAGAUUCCAUUCCAAGAUGGCCAAAUAGGAACAGCUCCAGCCUGCAGCUCCCAGUGUGAUUAAUGCAGAAGACGGGUGAUUUCUGCAUUUCCAACUAAGCUGAAAAUGGCAAAAACAGGAGCAGAAGAUCACAGAGAAGCACUAUCUCAGUCUUCCUUAUCCCUCUUGACUGAAACAAUGGAAGUAUUACAGCAAAGUAGCCCUGAAAGCACUUUGGAUGGGAAUACUGUAAACCCAAUUUACAAAUAUAUUUUGAAUGAUUUACCAAGAGAGUUUAUGUCAUCCCAGGCAAAAGCAGUUAUUAAAACUACUGAUGAUUAUUUGCAGUCUCAGUUUGGCCCCAACAGACUUGUGCAUUCAGCAGCAGUAUCAGAAGGGUCAGGACUUCAAGAUUGCUCCACACAUCAAACAGCAUCAGAUCACAGCCAUGAUGAAAUAUCAGACCUAGAUAGCUACAAAUCAAACAGUAAAAACAAUUCUUGUUCUAUAUCAGCAUCCAAGAGAAACAGACCUGUCAGUGCUCCAGUGGGUCAACUGAGGAUUGCAGAGUUCUCUUCUUUAAAAUUUCAGUCAGCCCGGAAUUGGCAGAAAUUGUCUCAAAGACACAAACUUCAACCAAGAGUGAUUAAAGUAACAGCUUACAAAAAUGGAUCUAGAACAGUCUUUGCCAGAGUUACUGUACCAACCAUCACCUUGCUGCUGGAAGAGUGCACAGAAAAGCUGAAUCUGAACAUGGCCGCAAGACGAGUGUUCUUGGCAGAUGGCAAGGAAGCCCUCGAACCUGAAGAUAUACCCCAUGAAGCCGAUGUUUAUGUUUCAACGGGAGAGCCCUUUUUAAAUCCAUUCAAAAAAAUUAAAGACCAUCUGUUGUUAAUGAAGAAAGUAACUUGGACAAUGAAUGGGUUGAUGCUUCCUACUGAUAUCCAAAGACGGAAACCCAAGCCUGUUCUUUCUAUUAGAAUGAAGAAACUUACUGAGAGGACCUCAGUCCGAAUUCUGUUCUUUAAGAAUGGCAUGGGGCAGGAUGGGCAUGAGAUUACAGUGGGAAAAGAAACAAUGAAAAAGGUUUUAGAUACUUGCACAAUAAGAAUGAAUCUAAAUUUACCAGCCAGAUAUUUUUAUAAUUUGUAUGGCAGAAAAAUUGAAGAUAUUUCAAAAGUUCCUCUGCUUGAAAAAUGCCUGCAAAAUUCCAUCACACCUUUGCGAGGACCACUUUGGGUCUCUAAGGGAGAAGGUUUCAGCCCCUCAGGAGCUAAGAUGUACAUCCAAGGAGUUCUUUUGGCCCUGUACCAACGAUUAAAGUCUGCAAAAAAAUAUUAUAAACAGUUGAACCUGGUCAUGAAUGAACAGAAGGAGAAAAUUACAGAAAAAGUCAUUCUUUCAAUGACGGCAAAGGAACACCAUAAGGAACAAGAAGAAGUGAGCAGGCUGAUUGAUGAAUUGCAGACAGCUAUCAAAAGUAACAGAGGUCAUCUCUGUAAACUUGGCCCCCAAUUACAGGCUGAGCAGGAGCAAUUCUCCUCUUAUGUCUACCAACACAUUAAAAGCCUUCCAGCAAACACGCUUGUCCCAGGAGGCCUGCAGCUUAAGGUAUUUGAAAAUGGUAAAAACACUGGAGAGAUCUCUGUUCGUAUCAGUAAAAAAGAUUUGGGAUCGGAUAGCCCAAUUCAAACUGACCAUAUGAUGGAAAGAUUACUUCUCAAGAUUCAUCAAAGGCUUCAAGGUUCUUCCAUCAACCCACCAGGCCUCAAUUAUUCUUCAAUGCGGCUUUUUGAUGAGAAUGGCCAAGAAAUUAAGAAUCCACUUUCGCUGAAGAAUGAGCAAAAAAUUUGGGUCUCUUAUGGUAGAGCAUACAGAUCUCCACUAAAUCUUGCUUUGGGUUUGACCUUUGACCGAGUGAGUGCAUUUGCCAGAGGUGACAUCGUGGUUGCAUAUAAGACCAUUUUGGAUCCUAAUGCUGUUCUGCUACCUGGAUGUGGCAAUUGGGAAGUUUGUGAGGGAUUUCCAAUUAAUUUCAACUGUACCAGUCAACAGAUACCUGACCAGUUUGAAAAGGUGGACUUGGAGAACCAUUUUCUACAGAACAAGGUAGAUCCCAAUAUUGUCCUUCAUGCCUCUGUUUCCAUUGGAAAGUGGAGUUUCUCAGGCAGUGAAGCAAGCAGCAGGAGUCAAAUAGCGCCAUCGAUCCUGUGGCCUGUAGCCAGUGUGUGGCUGAUCACCAAGACUGGAAUGAUCCUGAGCCGAGCAACAACUCAGGGCUGCCUGGCUAUUGGUCAUCCUAUCAGAGUCAAGGCUGCUGAGGGAACAUCACUAGAAGGAUAUAAAUUAAUCUUACAGAAAAGACAUAGUGGAGAUGAAUCUCAGAAGUGGGUGUUUGGAACUGAUGGUUGCAUUUAUUCAAAGGCUUAUCCUCAGUUUGUUCUGACCUACCUAGAGGAGCUAAAUGCACAAGUAGAUGUGACCCAGACAGAGUAUCACAUUCACCAUGGUGCCUGGACCACAGCUCAUCAGGAACAUGGCAGAAACUUAGCAGAAGAGGUUUUGCAAGAAAGUGCCAGCAACCCUGGUCUGAAGCAACUGCCAGAACCCUCAGACACCCAUUUAAUGCCAGAAGGUUCUCUUGAGGAGACGGGGCAGCUGACAGUAGCACUGGUGAGGAAACUGGAAGAGAAACAUCCUAAGGCUUCUGCUCAGAGGUGGGCCAUAAAACAUGAAGGAACCAGUAAGCCAGGCCAGUGGAAACAUUCUAGAGUUGAAAAUCCUCUAUGGAACAAGCUUACCUAUAUGUGGCCUGUCCUUCCCAGCGGCCAACUUAAUGAGGUUGUUAGCUUAAGAGAUGGUCAUUGAGACUUACUUUAAGGCCCAGUUGUGUGGUCAAAUUCCUGACAACUUCCAUAUAGCUUUUGAAUUGCAGCUGUUAGGUGCAAGAUAUCAAACUUGCUAAUUCUGUUGUUCUAUCAAUUAAUUAGAAAGAUGUGUUUAAGUCUCCCAUUAUGGAGAUGAACU